GAGUGCGGCGGUGCUGUCGGGACGCUCCGUGCAACACUAACCCGUCGCAGCGAGCGCAAUGUCGACUUUCAGAGCAGCCGCUCCUCACUCCUCCUACAGGAAGAUGUUCGCCGGAGACAGAACCGCGGUGAGAAGCAGCUACAGCAGCCGCCAGUAUUCCGCUCCCGUGCGCACGACCCGGCUGCUGUCCUUCGGGGCGCCCGUGGGCUCCGGCGGCGGGAUCUACGCCACCAAGACGCAGCGUCUCCGCAGUAGCAGCGCGGCGAUGCCCCGGCUCGCCUCCGAGCAGCUGGACUUCACGCUGUCCGACGCCAUCAACAGCGAGUUCAUCGCCAACCGCACCAACGAGAAGGCGCAGAUGCAGUCGCUCAACGACCGCUUCGCCAGCUACAUCGAGAAGGUGCGCUUCCUGGAGCAGCAGAACAAGAUCCUGCUGGCCGAGCUGGAGCAGCUGCGCGGCAAGGGCACGUCCCGAGUCGGCGACCUGUACGAGGACCAGAUGCGGGAGCUGAGGCGCCAGGUGGACCAGCUGAGCAACGAGAAGGCUCGGGUGGAGGUGCACCGGGACAACCUGGCCGACGACAUCGGGAGGCUCAGAGACAAGUUGCAGGAUGAGAUGUCCCUCAGGGAAGAGGCCGAGGCCAACUUGCAAAGCUUCCGACAGGAUGUGGACAACGCUGCCCUCACCAGACUGGACCUGGAGAGGAAGGUGGAGUCCCUUCAGGAGGAAAUUGACUUCAUCAAGAAGCUGCAUGAUGAGGAAAUGCUGGAGCUGCAGAAUCAGAUCCACAUGCAGCAGCACGUGCAGGUGGACAUGGACGUGGCCAAGCCGGACUUGACGGCCGCUCUGAGGGACGUACGCCUGCAGUACGAAAACCUGGCCUCCAAAAACAUCCAGGAGUCUGAGGAUUGGUACAAGUCCAAGUUCGCCGACCUCACCGAAGCGGCCGCGCGCAACAACGAAGCUCUCAGGCUGGCCAAGCAAGAGGCUAACGACUACAGGCGACAGGUUCAGGCCCUCACCUGCGAGGUGGAUGCUCUCAAAGGAACUAACGAGUCGAUGGAGCGGCAGAUGCGGGAGAUGGAGGACAAUUUCUCCGCCGAGACGUCCGGCUAUCAGGAAACGGUCGCUCGCCUGGAGGAGGACAUCCACAACAUGAAGGAUGAGAUGGCCCGCCACCUGCGGGAGUACCAGGACCUCCUCAACGUCAAGAUGGCCUUGGACAUCGAGAUCGCCACCUACAGGAAGCUGCUGGAAGGAGAAGAGAGCAGAAUCUCCACCCCGAUGCCGAACUUCUCCUCUCUCAACCUAAGAGAAACCAUGAUCGAUUACAAACCUCACAUGGAAACCGCGACCACCAAGAAGGUUCUGAUCAAGACCAUCGAGACCAGAGACGGCCAGGUGAUCAACGAGUCGACCCAAAACCACGAUGACAUGGAGUAAUGCGGCACCUUGCCGAAAGCAAAACACGCAAGCGAUAUGACACACAGCUUCGAAAAGUGCCUUAUAUAUAUAUAUAUAUAUAUAUGUAAUGAUUUAGUAAGCUAGUUAGUUUGAAACACAAUGCCAUUUCUGUUGUUUUUGUCAAAGACCGUAAUUAACAAUAAAAACAGCGCUACUGUACACACAUAAUCCACACAAAACACCUUACUUUUAGCCAAGUUUUUGACAGAUCCAGUUUGCGAAACAUGUCACCUUAGCCCUGUAUGCACCAAUAAACUAAUACAACUGUGAGUAAAGUGUGUGUGA